GUGGCUCGCUCACUAUAUAUACCCGUAUAAAACUUUAUGAAUGUUCCCUGUCUAACGCUCCACGAAAGCCAUUCUAACAAAAACCGGUCCCUCCUCAGAGCCUCCAGAAUGUCCUUCAUCACGGAGUUCCUCAAGCAGACUGUGUAUUUGGGGAUGCCUGAUGACUCAGCCAGUCCCUCAUAUCAAGGCACGGUGUCAGCCUACCCACAAUUCAGUGCUAGUGGUGAUGCUGGUAUCCUGGACAAGGCCAUCAAGGCCAAAGGAGUAGACGAGAACACCAUAAUCGACGUUCUGGUGAAGAGGAGCAAUGCCCAGCGGCAGCAGAUCAAAGCGGCCUAUCAGCAGGCCAGUGGCAAGUCUCUGGAUGCAGCUCUGAAGUCAGCCCUGAAGGGGGAGCUGGAGGAUGUGGUGCUGGCCUUGCUGAAGACUCCCGCCCAGUACGACGCGGAGCAGCUCAAGCUGGCCAUGAAGGGUUUGGGUACAGAUGAGGACACCCUCAUUGAAAUUCUGGCCUCUAGAACCAACAAGGAGAUCAGAGAAAUAAAGAAGGCCUACAAGGAAGAAUACAAAAAGGAGCUGGAAGAUGACAUCAAGUCUGACACUGGAGGAGACUUCAGAACUGCUCUGCUUUCUCUUUGCAAGGCUGCCAGGUGUGAGGAUAACAUCAUCAAUGAGGAUCUUGCAGACAACGAUGCAAGAGCUCUGUACGAGGCGGGAGAGAAGAGGAAAGGAACGGAUAUCUCUGUCUUCAUCAACAUCCUCACCAGCAGGAGCGCCCCACAGCUCCGCAAAGUGUUCGAGAGGUACUCCAAGUACAGCAAAGUGGACGUUUCCAAAGCCAUUGACCUGGAGCUGAAGGGCGACAUCGAGAACCUUCUGACUGCUGUCGUGAAGUGUGCUGGGAGCAAACCUGCAUUCUUUGCUGAAAAACUCUACCUGUCAAUGAAGGGAUCUGGAACAAGAACUAAAAUUCUCACCAGGAUCAUGGUGAGCCGCUCUGAGGUGGACCUGAAGAGGAUAAAAGAUGAGUACAAGAAGAACUAUGGAAAAACCCUCUACCAAGACAUUCUGGAUGACACCAAGGGGGACUACGAGAAAAUCCUGCUGGCUUUGUGUGGCAGUGAGAACUGACCUGCCUUCGACUGGGAAUAAAGGAAGAAAAACGACAAUCAUACUCAGCUUUUCUAAUGCACAAAAUAUGUACAGUACAUUAGUAUGUGGUAGUGAAGUCUGUAUGACUUGAGUUCUUAUGUGCGAAUAAAGCUCUUUGUAUUAAU